AUGGCCUCGAAACAAAAGGAACACCAACUUCCAACGCUCAAACGGAAGUCUACCGAUCUAUACCACAUCCAACACAGAGAACUGACAAUUGAUACCAAAUGCACUCUCCAUGCCGGGCCCACCGUUACGAUCCUCUUCAAGAACAACACUGACACCGAUGGCGACGUCGUCCGUGUCGUGUAUGAAGACUUCCCAAAGAACGUCGCUACUGCCUUUUUUACCAAGUGGGAGGCUGAGUUGUCCCCUACCAAAGGGGCGGUUGGCAACAUCAAGAAUAGCACCCGUCAGACGAUCGUCGUCAGUGGUGCGGACGGUGACACAUGGCGGAAGAUCCUCGACUGGAUGAUCCGAUGUUGCCAGGGAUUUGGCUAUGCCCAGGUCCAAAUCAAAAGUUAA